AUGGGUGCGAACGGGACCAAGGAACAGCCACGCAACAUUACUGUUGAUAACCAACUUCUUAUGACUGAAGCUGCAUUACAGCAGCUUCAAUCAUCUGUUGGUAAAAGUUUUCCACAAGCCGUAAAUACGCGCGCAUCUGGUACGGAUUCACCAACAACAUUAAAAGCAACAAACAAUAAUAUACCAUUACCAACCAUUGAUACAACUGCUACGGUUGAAACAUGGCGUGCAUUAUCAUCAUCAGUGAAUGAUGCUGAAUUACAACGUUUAAGACAAGAAUAUAAACAAAAGUUACUUGAACAAGAUCGAAUCAAUCGAGAAAAAUUUAAUUUAACAAAAGAAAAUCUAGCUGCUGAAAUUGAAAAUGUUGAAAAGAAAUUCUCCAAAUAUAUUUAUUCGCCUAUAUGCGAAUUAGAACGGUCAGAAAUAGAACAAUGUUAUCUAGCUAAUCCAAAGCAAGUUUUAGCCUGUUCAUUGAUAGCUGAAAAAUUUAUUAAAUGCGUUCAACAACAUCGUGAACAAUCAUUACGCAUAUCACACACAAACACGAACUCAUUAAAUAAUAAAGAAGCUCCUGAACAACAUAGCUAUGUUGAUCCAUUUUCAGCUAAUACAUCUCCAAAUGCUGAUUCGAAUUAA